AUGGCGCGCAGGCGCGGCCACGAGCGAGUAGGUAGCGCGCGGGAGAAGCGCGGCUGCGCCGUCGCCCACGAGGCUGCCAGUCGGCGCCUGGGCUGCGGCCCAGAGACAGCCACCAUUUCGUCUCCCGUUGGCUCCUGGGAGGAGCUCCACCGCAUCGCGGCCGAGCACUUUGCCGACGACUUGCCGGUCGACGAAGGGAUGCUCUCAUGGUCCAAAGCCUCGCUCGCAGCGUACUUUGAGUCUGGGGUGAACUCUCACGCCACCGCAUCCCGGCCGAGCGAGCCUGGCCAGGGCCGCCUGUACGCUGUGAGCGACGUGCACACCGACAAACCGGAGAAUAUGGCCUGGUGGCGCCGUCUCGAGGAAUGCGGCGCUCAUCGAGCCGACUCGCUCAUCCUGGCUGGUGAUGUCUCGCACCGGCCAGACGUGCUGCUCGAGACGCUACAGAUCGCGGCGCGCGCCUUCCGCACGGUCCACUUUGCGACGUGCGCUCGGCUCGGCGUGUGCACGGCUCCGGCGCUGGCGGCAGGCGCCAUCGUCGUGCCCAUCCUGUCGUGGCACCACCCGUCCUGGGACACGGAGCCCGACAUCUCUGGCUGGAGAGGCAUCCCUCCCGUCGAGCGCUGCCUGAUGGACUACCACAUGACGCGCUGGCCUCCCGGCGUGCGGCAGGAAGACGGCUCCGCCGCGGCGGCGGAGCUGCGCCGCCUCCACCCCUCGGCGCCGGUGGUGACGGCGUCGCACUUUGUGCCUCGCGUGGAGCUGUCUCCCGAGAAGCGGUACCUCUUCCUCCCCACCCUCGCCAAGGCAAUUGGCUCGGAGCCGCUGCGGGCGAGGGUGGAGGCGCUGCGGCCGGACGUGCACGUCUUCGGGCACACGCACUUCGGCUGGCGACCGCCCCUUCGCACGCGCGCGUGGCACCGCAGCACCGCGGCCCGACACUGCGGCCUUGCCGGCUGUAGGGACGCGACCCUCGACGGCGUGCGGUACGUGCAAGCCGCGCUCUCGUACCCGGAGGAGCGGCGUGGCCGGCUUGGCACCAUCGCGACGGGAGACCACUUCCCGCACGGCGGCGGCGACGAGCCGGCGCCCCUGCUCGUGUGGGACGGCGCCGCCCGCGAGUUUGCGCCUCGCUACCGCGCCGGCUGGAGCGCCUUCUACGACGCAAACCCGCGCCGCCCCGCUCUCACGCAUCUGCUCGCCCCAUACGUAGCCAGCCGCUACCAGGCGGAGCCCGGGGUGGGCGAGGUCGGCUGGGGGCCCGGAGUGACUCAGCCUGCGUGGCAGUUUGGGCCGCCGUCUACGCAUUCGACGGAGCGUGCGGCGAGGGCGGAAAGAGAAGGCUGA